UGUUGUAUGCAGUCGGGGAAAUCCCCAUAAACAGUUUAACUUCUCUUUCGGAAGUAUAUAAGCUGCUACCCUCCUGUUCUAAAUCGUCAUCUUCGUUGCGGUAAAAUAUGUUUUUUCAACUCGUCUGCAUAUUAGCGGCCUCCUUGCCAGGGGGGCUCACACAGGAUAGGUCUACCGAAGAGGUGAAGUCAGUUUGUGGAGAGGACUCAAUUCUGAAAUGUAAAGCAAUAUGUAAGCCUGGGGUCCAGUACCGGGCAGUGAAGUGGUACAAGCUCGGUGAGGAGCCCUCUAAUAAGGAGUCUGGUCUAUUGAUGAAGAGGCUAUCACCUAACAGCACCACGCAAUGGUACGCUGGUCUGGAGCGUGAAGUGGAACUUUUGGCUGAUGAUUCUUUUGAUAUCGUCCUGCCCAAUGUAACGGCUGUUGAUAGUGGGAGGUAUAAGUGUCUCCUGGCAGCACCUGUAGGAGAGCAGAACCAGGAGGGGCAGAUUGUCCUCAGAGUGACAGGUUGCCUUGAGUCCACAGACCAAUCAGAAGAAAGGGAUACCAUCCUAGUUCUUUCCAUUGUGGGGCUUGUGGCAGCAUUGCUGAUAUUCACCAUCAGCUAUGUCAUCCUAAGGAAUAUGUUAUUGCAAAGGAGCAAGAAGUAUCCACAAGAACCACUUCUAGAUGCACCCCUUGAGAAGAAAGAUUUAAUGUUGAUCUACACUCUGGGGCCAAACUGGUCAGGACAGGCUUCCAUAAAACAUGUCUGUGUGUGAGAGCCUGUUCUGCUAGUUUGGGCUCAUUGUAUACUUGAAUGUGAAGAGGAAACGCAGAGAAAGACUAGGGCACUUUUAAAGCUGAGCAAGGAGCCUAAGAGUCAUGUCUACUUUCCAGGAGAAGAGUUCACCUCUAGAGCAGAUGGAGGCAGACAACCCUCUGGCCGGUCCUGUAGAACUAAGAUGUGUAGGCUUUUCAAAGAAAUGAAACAGAAACAGUAGCCUACACCCUUUCACUCAGACAGCCAAACAGCAGUACAGCCAGGCUAGGGCAGCAGUUCUCCAGCAACGACUGCCUGUCUGCAGCAUUCACACACCUGAGAUGCUCAAGGAGCAGGGCCUGGUGAAGGGACCCCACGAUCUAAGCCCCAAGAUCUAACCUCAACAAGGAGCUUCAGGAAGGGGUGCAGGAAUGGUCCACGAUGAGGGGUCAUUCUGGAGGGUCGCUCCAUGGCAACGUUGGGGUUAAUCCCAUUUACAUUUCAGUCAACCCAGGAAUUGAAGUCGACAUUGAACUGGAAAAUCACCAAUGUGUACAGCAUUGAUCUUUUAGAAUUUCAUGCCUAAUUCAAUUUGUGUAUUGACUGGUAUUGAAAUAGAAUUGAUUCAUUUUCCUCCAAGCAAACCGAAAGUGGGCUUUGGUGAAAAGUAAUUGGCAGAAAAUUAACUUGUAUAAAUCUCUAUCAGUUAAAAAAUAUAUAUGAUCAGCAAUUCUGUGGAUACAUUGAAAAUAAAGAAGACAUGUAAAUCAUUUUGUAAUGUACAGUAUUGUAUCUGAUGUACAUGUUCUAUGUGUUCUUAGAGUCCUCACUUUUUUAGUCACCACGGUUGAUGUUUCUCUGAGAACAGUUAUGCACUUUGAUCAAGUUCAUUGUUACUCAGAAUAUUUCAUGUUAUUAAGAAAAAAUAAUUUCCCCUACCAUUUUACAAAUGCUUACAAACUGGAUACAUAACUAUUUUUCUACAUAGUAUGCUGUUUGAAGUGUUAAAUGGCUGGCAACAUAUCUCUACCUAUUUCACAAGACACAUUCUGUUAUAUUUUAUAUUAGUUAUAUACUGUACCUUUACAUUAGUCAUUUACGUCACCUGUCAAUGUUGUAAUGUGCCAAUUUUGAGCAGGAUGAUCACAAUUAUAUUUUUGGAUAGCUGUUUUAAUUGUUAAAUACAUAAAUACCUCUUUACUAAUAUUUUGAGUGACAAACAAUUGUGUGAGGUCUCUGUCAUUGUCAAACACAUUACAAGGUAACAUCACACAGCAUAAAAUGGAAGCCAGGUUAAAUGGGAUCUAAACAAUAUUGAAAAUUAAAAUCCUUUACAAACAUGAAA